UUAAGAAAAUAAUUGAACGUAUUGAUUUGCCAAAAUAACUUAAUACCACAUUCGCCGUUGAGACACUAUAGAAGAUUAGAAAGGUAUAAUAUAAUGGCUCGGAGGCUAUGUUCCCGUCUACCCUCUCUCAGCACCCUCGCAAAAACCCAACUCCAAAACCACGUCGUUUCUGUUUGUCCCCCAACACAGAUAUAUUCUUCUAAUCUCAUUUCCCAAUCUCCACACCUUCUUCCUCGCUCCAAUCCAAUUUUCCAAGAUGCUCGAUCGUACACCCGGGGCAGUCGACCCCCUCGCUACGACCUCUUCGGCGGCAAACUGCCGAAGAACCCCAAAGAGUUCCGCGAGAAGUGGGCCCGCCAGAUGGAAGACGACGAGGACCACCUCUGGACCGCCAGCGAGGACGACGAAAACGACCCCAACUCCAACCCCAACAUCCAACUCAAAGUCGACGCCGACGACAGCGACGAGCUCCGCAGCAUCUGGUCCUCCGACGCCGACAGCGACGACGAGAAAUCCCUAUGGACCGGCGACGAGGGCGACGACGAGGGCGACGUCCCUACCGAUCCCAUCCCCAACGAGCGCAGCGACGAGUACAUCGACCGGCUUUUCGAGUUCGACGAGAAGCCCAAGCACCGGACGCUGGCCCAGGCGAUGAGAGACGAAGAUAAUACGGAGGAGGAGGAGAUGUCUCCAGGGAAGCGUGCGCGCAAGCUGGCGGUGCAGAGUGCGCUGAGGAAGCUGAGAAAGGGACCGGACAGGCGGUAUGUGAAUGUGUGGGAGGUGAUGAGCGAUUUGGAUGUUUUGAUUGGGGCGUUUGAGAAUAUCGUGUCAGGGCCGGAGUACGAGGAGUUGAGGAAGGGUGGGCCGAAGAAGCUGAACGUGGAGUUUUUUAAGGAAGCUUAA